AUGGCCCAGAUCCAUUUGCUAGUGGCAGGAGUGAUGCUCUGCUCCAUCCUUGCCUGCUCUCUUGGCAGGGACUCGCCUUGGAUCCAUAGCCUAAAAAACAGGGAGAUCUUCAUGCUGUUGAGACAGCUGGAAAAAAUCCACUCUAAGUCAUGCCUGAACGACGGAACCUACUUCAAAUUUCCUUGGGAAAGCGAGACUAUCACCCAAAUCCGGAAGACGCAGGGCACCUGUUUCCACUAUGUGAUGCUCCAGGAGAUCAUCAACCUCUUCAACACAGACGACAGCCGUGCUGCUUGGAACAACGCCCUCCUGGAUCAACUACUCUCUAGGCUUCAUCACAGCCUGGAGCAGCUGGAAGAAGAAAACCUGGCUUGUCCCUAUUUGGGAACUGUUGCCCGGAAUUACUUCCAAAAAAUCAAUCACUAUCUGAAGGAAAAGGCAUUCAGCCCCUGUGCCUGGGAAGUUGUCAGAGGGGAAAUGGAAGUGUGCCUUUCCCUCAUGUAGCAAUACUCAGAGAAAAGUCGGCAAAUAAAGAAGAAAGUUAUACUUAUCCGCUCUCUGAUCAUUUACAUUGUUUGCUAAGCCCACCCCCCAAAUAAUCUCAACUCAUAUUUCUGCACCCUUUGAGAAAUAUCUGAAA